CUGCCCUCGUAUAACGUAGGUUAACUUAAACCCAUAGCCCGCCGUCUUCCCCCUCUUUUGCUCAAUUACACCAAAAAACUAAUUUCACUGUUACUUUUCAACCAUGAAGACUACCAAUCGUCCUGAUGAAUGGAAGAUCGAACAAGGUCUCUCCGGCGCGGUUCUGCCUGUACUGGACCAAACUGGACCAAAGACCAAGGCUCUAGAUCCUCAGGUCUUUGGGGAUCUCACCAAAGAUGAAGAAGCUAUCAAGUCGGUCGGUGACCGUAAAAAGCUAUUCGCUCGUGAACGCAAGGGUUGGGUUGGCUUUGUUGAGUGGGAGAAUUACCCUGACAAGAAAGCUGCUGCGCACAAGAUCCUGACGUCACAGACGUUCCCACCCAACCCUGAGUUCCAGCUUGGUCCUAUUCCGGGAACUAACCCUGUUCUUCCUGGUACACAUUGGAAGAUGUGGCAUCAUGCCGUCGGCGGUGAACUCACCAGCGUGCCUGAAGACUCAUGGGCUACUGUUCUCAAGGAGAAGCACCCUGAUAUGCUGCACCUAUUGCAAUUCCCUUAUAACGGCGAGCCACCCAAGCGCUUAGUCACUGACAAGGAAUUCACCCCCAAUUCCCUUCACUUUGUGAGAAACCACGGUGGAAUUCCCAUCAUCAACAAAGAAGACUUCAGCUUCCUCAUGGAUGGUCUCGUUGCAAACCCCAAGUCCUUCACCUUGGAUGAACUCAUGGACGAGUCAAAGUUCCCUCGUAUGACAAAGAACGUCACGAUCCAGUGCUCUGGAACUCGUCGUAUUGAGCAGAUUCUCAAAUACCCCGGCCAGGGCGACGAGGUUCCCCAAGCACCUUGGGCCGAAGGAGCAAUCGGCACUGCGAACUACGUUGGUAUCAGCCUCAAGAAGGUUAUCAAGGCUUGUGGUGGCUUGAUCGAUGGCGCUAAGCACCUGGAGUUCUACGGUGCUGAUACCUACUUCAAGGAUGAUAAGACGAUGAAUUAUCUCGUCAGUAUUCCUUGGUCCAAGGUCAAGGCAAAUGAAGUCAUGCUAGCCUGGGAGAUGAACGGUGAAGAACUUCCCAAGAUCCACGGGUAUCCUCUUCGAAUCGUGGUGUUUGGUUACAUCGGCGCUCGAAGCGUCAAGUGGCUAUACCGCAUCAAGGCUAUCAAAGAGCCUUCAAGAGCUCCUGUUCAAAGCCAGGAAUAUCUCUACUUCCCCCAGCAAGUUGGCAAGCACAACUUCAAAAUGACAGAUGGUAUUCAGAUCCAGGAGAUGCCUGUCAGCUCUGCCAUCAUGUCACCCUGGACAAAGCAAGUUGUCAUCCAUAACGGCAAAAUUCGUUGCAAGGGCUGGGCUUACUCUGGUGGCGGACGUUGGCCCGAGCGAGUUGAACUCUCCAACGAUGGUGGCUUCAACUGGUAUACCGUGCCGCUUGAAAAACUCUCCAAGAAGCGUAAGUGGACUUGGCGUACCUGGGAGUUUGAGCUACCAUGUGAUGUCGAAGGCUGGGUUGAGAUUGUUUGUCGCUGCUGGGAUAACUCUCUCAACACUCAGCCGCCUGAUGUCCGAACAUCUUGGAACUGGGGUCUUCACGUUACUAGCUCGUGCCAUAGAAUCUCUAUUUAUAGCGUCAACAAGACGAAGGAGAGGACUAAGGCCCGCUUGGAUGAGUUUGAGAAGAAGGGUAUUCCAUUUGGUCCGAUCACUGUUCCAUUGGCAUUCCCUUCUCAGAGUUGGGAUGAUUACGAUAAGUUCUGGAAGGAGCAUGAUCCCCGUGAUGCGUACGAUGAGUAACAGGGCGGAGGAUAUAAUAAGUCACGAAAAUUCUGCGAACAAAAAUGUCAGCUCAAGAACUAAGAUAACUGGUUGUAAUUUCUAUCAAAGCAGCUCUUUCAAUAGUCAGUUCUUGUCUUGUAAGACACCUAGUCGCUCCUCUUCCUAACAAGCAGCAAGACACCAGUCAUGUCACCCGUAAGCAUCUCCUUGCCUUUCUCCACGCCUGCGUCUCCGAGGAUCUUCUCAAUCCUUCUUCUGAUUUGACGAACAACGUCAUUCUCUGUUCCGACAGCUUCAGGAUGAGCCUCCCUCCAUCUGGUAACAGGACUAGCGGUUCCAAGAACCAUCUCCACCAUAUCCAAAUUAACUGGCGGCGAAUGCUCAAAGAACAUUGUCUCAGAAUCUGGUCCGGUACACCAUUCUUUGCGCACGAAUGAGUCUUGAUCAAAUGUCGAAACAGGGGGAUCAAGAGUCCAAGGCAACGGUAGACCACGGUAUAGAUCACGGCCCAUAAGGUUACCGGGCAGCAUAUAGUCUUCAACCAAGUUAUCAAGAUCGUCGAUAACUUCCUGUACGGCUUCAUGAGCGGGCAUCGACGGAUCGACUCGGACACUAGCAGCUGUCCACAGAGCCACUGUGCCUCCAGGUCUGAGUGUCUUGGCAGCUUGCUCCCAAAAUCGCGGCAUGUCAAACCAAUGGGCACAAGUGGCUCCAGUGAUCACGUCGACGCUGCCAUCAGGAAUGGGGUUGGCAAGUUCAGAUCCCAGAGACUCAGCUGAGGAGACCUCAAACUUGACAUUUCCGAGCGUGGUGAUAGAUCGCGCAGUGCUAAUCAUUCCCUCUGAGGGGUCAAGUCCAUAGGCAGUCUUGAAGUGAGGGGCAAGGCUGCGAGUUGCUGUUCCUGGUCCGCAGCCAACAUCGAUGAGGGCAUCAAACUGGCCAGAUCCCUCUUUAUGAAAGCUAAUUAUUGCACCGUAUAGCUUGGGAUUAUAGUUCCGACGAUGUUCAGCAUAGGUUGCGCCUUACUGGGCACUGUACGCUCGGAAGGUCGGGUCUGACGGCUGUUGAGCCUGGCUCAUGGUGAAGAAUUAAAUGGGCUCAAGGAUUGUUACAAAGAUUGAUGUGGAAGUUAGUUAUUUUAUUGCAAAGAUAUUUAUCAAGGACGGUUUAUAUACCAUGAG